AUGACUGCGAAAUGCAGGAAAUUCUCACUGGACAGCUCUGCCGGCUGUCUGGACGUAGUUGGACGCCUUGAAGCAAGAAGAGGCAGCAGCAGGUUUAGCAGUAAGGAAUCCAAAAAGAGUCUGGACGAUGCCCGACUGGAGAUCCAGAAGUUAAAUCACAGCCUCAACUCAAACAUGCCCCUCAGGGAGCAGACCAUAGAUGAGCGCUCCGAUGGGCUACUCAACAAUAAUAGCUUCCGGAAGCACAAGAAAACCUUCCACAAACUGUUCCAAGAGAUUCCUGAGGGGGAGAACCCGACACACACAUUCAUCUGUGCCUUGCAGAAGGAGGUGCUGUAUCAUGGGAAACUCUUUGUUUGUGAGAACUACGUGUGUUUCCACUCGUCAGUGCUGCUCAAAGACACCAAGGUGGUGAUUCCUGCGUCCAGCAUCAGGGGGGUGAAGAAACAUCACUCAGGCUUAUCCAUGUUGUCUAUUCAAACUGCUGAUGGAGAGAAGUACUCAUUUGUGUCUUUGAGGAACCGUGAGAUGUGUUAUAAACUCCUCCAAACUGUCUGUUCACAUGCACAGGAGGAGAGCGUCAACGGCAGCCCUCAUAUCACCUCUGCAGAGAAUGAAGUUGAGCAUGAUGUGGCCUCCAGUUAUUCCAGUUUGGAGGACAGCAUAGAUCAUGAUCUGAGCAGACAGAACAGCAUUUACCUUGACAACGGCCUCCCUCAGAUGUCCAGUGAAGGUCCUACAAGAUGCAGUUCCACCCGUCAAAACAGCUUAACAGACGAAGACGACAGAGGAGCGUCUGUAAGGUGGAUUCGGAGGAUCACUGAGAGGGUCGUACCACUUUUCUUCCCCCGAGAAAUUAGGAAUCUCAGCUUUCUCGUUUACGUCUACAUGAUGCUGACGGUGUUGCUCCUGUUGGGGUCUGGGUACAUCGGACUGAGAAUCUUAGCACUGGAGGAGCAGCUGACUGAGUUGUGUUUACACCACAGCGAGUGA